CCCAAGCACUGCCAAAUUUUCCCAAUUAAAUAUUCUUAUUACACACUUUUUCUUCAAUUCUUCCUCUCUAUUUCUACUGAAACAGGGAGAUUGGAGACAGAGAGUUAGAGAGAGAAAGAGAGUGGGCGGAGUUUAAGGAUCAAUGGAAAGGGAAGCUUCAAUGUUUGAGCCUAGUGAGAUGUUGUCAUCUUUUCUGGCCUCAACUCCUCUGUUGAUGGAGUCGUGGCGGUUCUCCUGCCUGGCCGCGCCGGGUACGACCAGUUUCGUCGCCGACCAUAUCGGCGAUGACACGUCGUACGUUGCCUUCUCCGGUCUCGGAAUCUCUCCGGGAAUAAUAGGUCGUAGCUGCGGGAAUUUGGCGCCACUGGAGACGGUUGCCAACGGAAUAUUCUCCGGACUGCGGCGCGACCAGGCAGACCCUCCCAUGGUUCAUGCCGGAUUCCUGCACCUCUUUUUAUCCGUCUACAACGACACGAACUUCCAAAGCCAGAUAAUGGAAAUUAUGAGUAAAAGCAAAUGCUUAGUGUUGACAGGACACUCAGUAGGAGGAGCAAUAGCCUCUCUGGCAACCCUUUGGCUUCUAUCCUAUCUGCAGACCAUUUCCUCUCCCAAAUUAUCAGUCCUGUGCAUCACAUUUGGCUCCCCAAUGCUGGGAACUCAUUCCCUUUGCCAAUCCAUUCUUCAAGAAAGAUGGGGUGGGAAUUUCUGCCAUGUCGUUUCGCAGCACGACAUUGUGCCAAGCCUCCCACUUUCCAUAAAUUUUCCUGAUUCUCCCAACUUAUCUGAUGAAUAUAAAGUUGAAGUAUUCACAGCAGUUUUGGUCAGUCUUGAAAAGCUAUCAAAAGGGCAUCAAUGUGAGAGUCUGUAUAGGCCAUUUGGGAGCUAUUUUUUCUGCACCUCCAUGGGAGCCAUCUGCGUAGACAACAGCACAGCAAUUCUCAAGCUACUUUACUUCAUGCUCACUAAAACCUCGCCCAUUUCUAGCUUUGAUGACCAUUUCAAGUACAAGGAUUAUAUUGAUAAGAUGAAUUGGCAAUUCUUGGAGAGAAGAAACUCAUUGGAAGAAAAUUUAUCUGAGUCUAGCUUUGAAGCCGGGAUCAUGUUGGCAUUGCAGUCAUCUGGAAUAUCUUCUCAUGAACCUAAUUCUGGGGAGGCGAAAGAGUGUUUGAAGAUGGCAAAGAAACUGGGGCGUACAAGGAACCUAAACAGUGCAAACCUCGCGAUAGGUUUAUCCAAAAUCAAUCCUCUAAGAGCACAAAUUGAGUGGUAUAAGCAAUUGUGUGAGGAUUCUGAUGAUCAGCUGGGGUACUAUGAUGCCUUCAAGCUACGCGGUGCCUCUAGAAAGGACUUCAAAGUGAAUAUGAACAGAAUAAAGUUAGGCCAGUUCUGGGAUUCUUUGAUUGAGAAGCUGGAAACAAACCAACUGCCACAUGAUUUUAACAACAGGGAGAAAUGGGUAUGCGGUUCUCAUUUCUACAAGCUCCUCGUCGAGCCAUUGGAAAUUGCAGAAUAUUACAAAACUGAGAUGCACCUCAAAAAAGGGCAUUACCUGGAGAAUGGGAGGGAGAGGAGGUUCAAGAUUUUCGACAAGUGGUGGAAUGACAAGAAGGCUGAGCCUGGGAGAAACACUAGAAGAAGCAAGUUUGCAAGUGCAACACAAGAUUCCUGCUUCUGGGCUCGGGUAGAGGAAGCUAGAGACAGGCUGAAUAAGGUUAGAAGCGAGGCUGAUUCAAGCAGACGGUACAUGCUCCUGGAAAACAUUGACAAUUUUGAUAAGUAUGCAAUGAGGAUUAUUGAUGAGAAGGAGGUGUCUAAAGAUGUUUUAGCUACAAACUCAAGCUACAGUUUGUUUGUACGCGAGUGGAGAGAACUCAAAUCGCAGCUGCAGCUAUUACUUCCUCAAUAUCUUUCAUAGAUGUUGGUUGUAACGUAUUAUUAUGAUUCUAAGAAAUUAAACACUGAGCUUGUGUUGCCUGAAUAAGUAGCAGUGAUCGAUGUAUUAUUGUAGUUAUGAACAUCAAUAAUCCCUCCCUCAAACAUGUAAAUAUUUAAAGACUCUAUAAAUUAAACUUUGCCA